GAUUUUGUUUUUUAACCUCUAAGUUGGUAUUUUUUGUUACUCAAAAAUUUAGAAAUAUUUAAAAAUAAUAACUAUGGGUUAACGACGGAUGUAACGAGUCAUGAUGGUAAAAAUAAAUUAUGUCUCAUUUUCAAAAUUCUACAACAGAAUCGCCAUCCACUGUACCAAAUCCUGACGAUAUUCCAGAUGAUUCAAAAUAUCUCAUAGUACCUUUAGUUGUUAUAAUAUUCGUAAUGAUUUUAUCAUUGUUGGUAUAUUUUAUGGCGAAAAGAAGGAGGCUGGAUACACUACGUAAAAAUAUUCUUAGUAUGUAUGAAUUUGAUUCGAAUGAACAAGAAUGGGAAUCUUUGACCAACAGUAGCGAAUAUCCUCAUUAUACAAACGAGAUGGUUACAACAGUGUAAAUAUAAAAAGAAAAAAAUGAAAGGUGCCUUAAUAUUUUUAUCGUAAUGGUAUUAUUUUAUUCUGUUUAUGUUAUUAAAAGUAUUAAGACGUAUAUUUCAGUGUAAAAAAAAUUGAAUACCCCAUAUAGGAAAACUUUUAGCUUUAUUAUUUGUAUAAAAAACUAGGCAGCGUUGUAUUUUGUGGGAAGUAGUUUUUAUAUAGUAUGUGAUAAUGCCAAAAAUUAUACUUUUAUCUAAUGAAUAGUUUAAUUAUACUUAUAUUUGAAUGAU